ACCGGAGAGAGACUGAGAGCGAGACACGCGCGCUGACGACUCCUGGCGAGGCUGGCAUCUAAUACUACUUGCUUGCUUCGACGUCCCAUGUUGCUUUUUCCCACGGCGACCAGCAGCCCCCCAGGCAAUGAUGCCUACCGCAGAAGACACCCACCACAACGACCCACCGACGACGGAGGAAGGUCUCCCUCAACCACCACCGCAGCAAGGAGAAACCGACGCCACACCCCCCGCAUCCACACCCAGCCCAUCCCUCGACACAACAACCAACCGCCAGACCCACCUGCAGCUUCCACGCACCGAAACACUUCCACCAGACGCUCCCGCCGGCGUCCUGCGCAAGCAGGAUUAAAAGCGCUGAAUUUACGCGACGUCGCCCGAUUCGUACAUGUCGAAAGCGAUUAUUAUGACUGGCCUUUGGAGAAGCGGGCCACCCGCCUCGCAGCACCCUCCCCCUCCCACCUCUGCAAAACAAUCCUAUUCGAAAACACGAAAUACAAACCGGUCGACGGUGUAAACGAGCUGAACCCGCUUUAUUCGCGGUUUUAUGCCGUGUGUGUACAAUAUACGGAUAAAUUGAAUGCGCAGAGAUUGGGGAAUUUCGUGAAGGGGUUGAGUGGGGGGUUGAAUAAGGGCCGCGAACAACCCCGCAAAAACUUCAACAUGCGCGUCGCCUCCGAGUCCAGCAACGAGGCCUUGACCGGGUUCGAAAAGGGCGGCGUGUGUCCAUUCGGGAUGCUGCAAAGGGUGCCGAUCAUCCUUACGGAGAAUAUCACUAAAUUGGAUCCACCCAUCAUGUUCCUCGGCGCCGGGCAUAUCGACUGGAAAGUCGGACUACCUGUCGACACAUUCCUAGACCGACAACAUGACCCUAAAUGCUUUGUUGCCGAUCUGUCCUAGGAGAGGACACAUGCCCCCCUGCUUGAUUUCCGAUCUUUUGAGUGACAUUGGUUGGUCUGGUGAGACGGGUGCGGGAGGGUGUGGUAUGGACAUCAUUACACAUCCUGAGAUAUGAACGAACUCGUAUCGGGUCAAGGGGGUCCGAGCGACGAUGGAUGGAGGACGCAGUGACAUCCGCCUGACGAGAUCGUUACCUCUCAAUCACGUUCCGUCCUCGACUCAACACACCGACGGUCAAACACCCAGAUCUCGCUUCACAGCCAUUCCGCAGACACAUAGGCGUAUUAUAUCCGUCCCCCAAUGGGAAAGAUGCAACCGUGCUAGACUUGGCUCUUCCAUUUC